UGGGGGGCGGGGUUCCAUUAGUCCCGGAGCGUGCGGCUUGGGCAUCCGGAUCCGGGUCUGUGCUCGCUGUCCGCGGCCGUGCGCGGGGGUGGUGGGGGUCGCGGUGCCAUGGUUCUGAGCCCGGUGAUCCGGAAGCUGCUGCACAAGCGCGUGGUGUUGGCCAGCGCCUCCCCGCGCCGCCGGGAGAUCCUCAGCCAAGCGGGUCUCAGGUUCGAGGUGGUUCCGUCCAGGUUCAAAGAGAAGCUCGAUAAAGGCGCCUUCGCCACCCCUUAUGCUUACGCCAUCGAAACAGCGAAGCAGAAGGCCUUGGAGGUGGCCUCCAGGAUGCACCAGAAAGACCUCCGGGCCCCCGACGUCGUCAUCGGAGCGGACACCAUCGUGACGAUCGGGGGGCUGAUUCUGGAGAAGCCAGCGGACAAGCAAGACGCGUACAGGAUGCUCUCCAGGUUGAACGGGAAGGAGCACAGCGUGUUCACGGGCGUCGCCAUCAUCCACUGCUGCAGCGAAGACGGCCAGCUGGACAUGGACGUGUGCGAGUUCCACGAGGAGACCACGGUGAAGUUCUCGCAGCUGUCCGAGGACCUUCUGUGGGAGUACAUCGACAGCGGGGAGCCCAUGGACAAGGCCGGCGGCUACGGGAUCCAGGCCCUGGGCGGCAUGCUGGUGGAGUGCAUCCGUGGGGACUUCCUCAAUGUCGUGGGCUUCCCGCUGAACCACUUCUGCAAGAAGCUGGUGGAGCUGUACUGCCCGCCCCACCGCGAGGACGUGCAGCGGGUCAAGCACGAGUCCAUCCCUCCCGUGGACACCUUCGAGAUCGCGAGCGACGCUGCUCAGGGUGACGAGGGCUGCGGCCCCAGCAGGGCAGGGGUGCACGGUCACACCGGACAGGCUCCUGCUGGCCCCCAGGGCCCAGACACGAAUGGGCUGGUGGAGAACCCGCCCCCCUUCCCGUCGGACCUUCUAGACCUCAUAGACGGCUUUAAAGCAUCCAAGGCUCUGUUCACGGCUUGCAAACUGAAGGUGUUUGAUGUACUGAAAGAGGAAGGCCCCCUGAAGGCGGAGGAUGUGGCACGCAAAGUUAACGCCUCUGUGUGUGGAACUGGACAGCUCCUGGAUGUCUGCGUGGCCCUGGGAUUACUGGAGAAGACAGACACAGGUUACGGUAACACGCGGCUGGCAAGCCGGCACCUGACGUCGGAGGGUGCGUGUUCUCUCCACGGCUUCGUCGCGUACAACGAUGAGCACGCCUGGACCGUGUUCACAGACCUGGAGUCUGCGGUGCGACAGGGACCCCGCGCGGCUGCGGGGAGGCCGGCGGAGGACCCGUCUCAGAGCAGGGACCGGAGGCUGCGUUUCAUGCGAGCCAUGCACGGCCUCACCCAGCUGACAGCUCGCCAGGUGGCCACGGCCUUCGAUCUGUCCCGAUUCACCUCUGCCUGUGACCUGGGAGGCUGCACAGGUGCGCUGGCCCGAGAGCUGGCCCGGGAGUACCCGCGUCUGAAGGUGACCGUGUUUGACCUCCCGGAGGUCAUCGAGCACGUGUCGAGUUUUCACCCCGAGGGACGGCAGCCAGAGCGCCUCUGCUUUGUGCCAGGUGACUUUUUCAAGGACGACCUCCCGGACGCACAGCUGUACGUCCUUUCCAGAAUUCUCCACGACUGGGCGGACGACAGAGUGCACGAGCUACUGAGCCGGGUGUCCCGCAGCUGCAAGCCAGACGCCCACAUUCCUGGGUCACAUGUGUGGACGCAGAAAAGUCCCACAGACGUUUGUGGACUCGAUGUGCCCGACGCCCACCCCUGCCAUUCCGAGCAGGCUCCUGGAGACGAUCUGGGGGGAAGGAGAGACAGACGGCCCGGAAUUGGUCACCAGAGCUGCUCGGGCGCGGGACAAGGCGGGGGCCCCAGGUGGCGGCCCAGGCGGGGACGGGGGAGGGGUGGGGACAGGCCCCGGGGGGCCGGACACCGAGAGACGGGGGCCCAGAUGAGUUACGUCACGCGUCCCAGGGUUUGGAAACAGUAUCGCAACGUGUUGGCAAAUCUACCCGAGCGUUUGGGAACACGCGAACAGGAAGUCAUCCGGAAACAGGGCGUCUGCAGAUGGGAGUAAGUGAAGGAUCUCAGAUGAGCCCAUCCUGGAUGAGGGGGGGCCCUAAGCCAACGGCAGGUGUCCUUGUAAGAGACGGAAGGGGACA